AGGGUUUAUAUAUGGCUGCUCAAACACCAGCUCCCAAGUUUCUCAUCUUCUAUUCAUAUUCAGAUUUGGUAAGUUUUCCUGGUAGCUAGUAAUGAAGAGAGAAAGAGAGAAUGGAGAGAUUCAGGGUUUUGACAUUGCUAAAUGUCUAAUGCUGAUAUCUCAAGGCCUGGAAACCAAGCCAAAAGACCAUUUGGUGAGCGAGGUUUUCAAGUGUAAAACUUGUCACCGUCGCUUCUCAUCGUUCCAAGCAUUGGGAGGUCACCGAGCAGGCCACAAAAGACCCAGACUGACGGCGGACAAAGCAAAUGAACAAACACAAUUCCUUAGUUCAUCAACCAAGCGUAAGGCUCACGAGUGCUCCAUUUGCGGCCAAGAGUUUUCUAUGGGACAAGCUUUGGGUGGGCAUAUGAGGAGGCAUAGAGCUGCCAUGAACGAAAGCUUCUCACCUUUCCCGGUUGUUCCAACGUUGCCGGUGUUGAAGAGAUCGAAUAGUAGUCGGAGGGUUGUGUGCUUGGACUUGAAUUUGACUCCAUUGCAGAAUGAUUUGCUCGUUUUAUUUGGGACCAAGGUUGAUUAUCUUCGCAUUUGAUAUAAUCCCAUUAUUUUCCCAUAUGACACUUGUAAUGUUCACUUCAUUAACAACAUUUUUUCAUUUGUUUUACGUACAACAUUUGAAAUCUUUUUUUUUCUCUUUAUUUAUUAUUUGUAUUACUUAAAUUUGUUUCUUUGUAAUCUAUUUAAACAAUGAUUUACCAUCGACAUUUCAAUGUGAAAUAAAGACGUAAAUGAA